AUGGCUGGAAAUGUAGUAGUGAUGAAUACCGGGCCUGAGCGUCAAUCAGGUCGAAAAGCUCAGACUGCUAAUAUCAUAGCUGCAAAGACUGUGGCCGAUGUAAUUAGAACGUGUCUUGGUCCCAAAGCCAUGUUGAAGAUGAUUCUUGACCCUAUGGGCGGUAUUUUGCUCACCAACGACGGUCAUGCUAUUCUCCGAGAGAUUGAUGUCGCUCAUCCUGCUGCAAAAUCAAUGAUUGAGCUUUCAAGAACGCAAGAUGAGGAAGUCGGUGAUGGUACCACUAGUGUCAUCAUUCUUGCCGGUGAAAUCCUUGCAUACUCCCUUCCUCUGCUUGAGCGACACAUCCACCCUGUAGUCAUCAUCAGAGCAUUCAAAGCAGCACUCAACGAUGCCCUCGAAACCAUCUCAUCCAUCUCUAUCCCAGUUGAUAUCUCAUCCGAGUCAGAAAUGUUAGCAUUAAUCAAGACCUCCAUCGGGACCAAAUUCUCUUCAAGAUGGUCAGACCUAAUGUGUUCAUUAGCAUUACAAGCUGUAAAAACAGUUGCCGUAACAGCUGAAGCCGAAAAUGGUUUGGUCGGAUCAUCAAACGCAACUUCCACUUCAGCCGAAGGACAAGAAGGCAAAUCAGGUCUAAGUGCAUUGAAUAUCAAGACAGUCGAUAUCAAGAGAUAUGCAAGAGUCGAAAAAGUUCCAGGAGGUGAAAUUGAAGAUUCAAGAGUAUUAACAGGUGUAAUGAUAAAUAAAGAUGUGACUCAUCCUAAAAUGAGGAGAAAAAUCGAAAAUCCAAGAAUCGUUUUAUUGGAUUGUCCAUUGGAAUACAAAAAAGGUGAAAGUCAAACUAAUAUCGAAAUUCAAAAAGAAGAAGAUUGGAACAGAAUUUUACAGAUUGAGGAAGAACAAAUUAAAUCAAUGUGUGAAAAGAUCAUCGAAUUCAAACCUGAUUUAGUAUUCACUGAAAAAGGUGUUUCAGAUCUCGCUCAGCACUACCUCCUCAAAGCAAACAUUACUGCCAUCCGAAGAGUUCGAAAAUCAGAUAAUAACCGUAUCGCUCGAGCUGUUGGAGCAACCAUUGUCAACAGAGUAGAAGACUUGAGAGCUGGUGAUGUUGGUACUGAAUGUGGUUCAUUCCAUAUCGAGAAACUAGGAGACGAAUAUUUCACAUUCUUAGAUAAAUGUAAAAACCCUAAAGCUUGUACUAUCCUUCUUCGUGGUCCAUCAAAAGACAUCUUGAACGAAAUUGAUCGAAACUUGGCGGACGCAAUGUCAGUUGCUAGAAAUGUCGUUUUCAACCCUAUCUUAGCACCAGGUGGAGGAGCCACGGAAAUGGCAAUCUCAGUAGCUUUGGGUGAAAAAGCAAAAUUACUUCCUGGUGUAGCUGGUGCUCCAUACAAAGCUAUCGCAGAUGCUUUAGAAGUUAUCCCAAGAACCUUGGUUCAAAAUUGCGGUGGGAAUGCCAUUAGAACUUUGACUGAAUUGAGGGCUAAACACGCUGAAGGUCUUCACAUGUUUGGUGUCGAUGGUGACACUGGUAAAGUAGUUGACAUGAAAGAUUAUGGAUUAUUGGAAUCUGCUUCAGUCAAGAUUCAAACAUUGAAGACUGCUAUCGAGUCCGCUACCCUCCUUCUCCGAGUUGACGAUAUCGUUUCUGCACGAAGACCAGGAGAAGAAUCUGGUGGUGGCGGUGGUGUACAGACUAUGGGUGGAGAAGAAGGACCAGGCGGUGAGAUGCCUGAGAUGUAA